AUGUCCUUUACCGACUUCUCCAAGGUUGAGACUUUGCAAAAAUUGAACGCAUUUUUGGCUGACAAGUCCUACAUCGAAGGUACUUCUGCCUCCCAAGCCGACGUCACUGUCUACAAGGCUUUCCAACAAGCCUACCCAGACUUUGCUAGAUGGUUCAACCACAUUGCUGCUAGAAGCGAAGAAUUCUCUUCCUUCCCAGCUGCUUCUGCUUCUACUUCUGCUCCAGCUGCUGAAGCCGAGGAAGAUGACGACGAAGUCGACCUAUUCGGUUCCGAUGACGAAGAAGCUGAUGAAGAAGCUGAAAAGAUCAAGGCUCAAAGAGUCGCUGACUACCAAGCUAGAAAGGCUAACAAGCCAGCUAAGCCAGCUGCCAAGUCGAUUGUCACCUUGGACGUCAAGCCAUGGGAUGAUGAGACCGAUUUGGAACAAAUGACCGCUAACGUCAAGGCCAUCGAGAUUGAAGGUUUGACCUGGGGUGCUCACCAAUUCAUUCCAAUUGGUUUCGGUAUCAAGAAGUUGCAAAUCAACUGUGUCGUAGAAGACGACAAGGUCCCUAUGGAUGAUCUACAACAAGCAAUUGAAGAUGAUGAUGACCACGUUCAAUCUACCGAUGUUGCUGCUAUGCAAAAAUUGUAA